AUGAUCCUGACUGUGUUACAGGUGCGGGUGACGGUGUUGGACAAGAACGACUCCCCGCCACAGUUCGGGGAGGCGCCGCUGAGGUUCACGGUGUCCGAAGACAUGCUGGCCGACCGCUGGAUAGCCACCCUCCGCGCCACGGAUCCGGACACCCUGGGCACCAUCACCUACUCCCUGGUGGGCGGCGACGACAACAAGUUUACCCUGGACGCUGCCACGGGGCACCUUAGUCUACAGGAUACCCUGGACCGGGAGACUAAGAGCGAGUACCAGUUGACGGUGCGAGCCGACGACGGAGAACAGCAUACGGAUACUACCAUCUAUAUUGAGGUGACGGAUACCAACGACAAUCCUCCGGUGUUCCACGAGCCCGCGUACUCCUUCGACAUCCCCGAGGACGCCGACAGGGGCUCUCAGGUGGGGCAGGUGUCGGCGUGGGACGCGGACGAGGGGACCAACGGGCAGGUGUCCUACACCGUCAUCUCUCACUGGGGUAACGACGUCUUCUCCCUCAACCCUCAGACGGGCGUCUUCACCCUCACCUCAAGACUCGACUACGAGCAGGUGCAGCACUACAUCCUGGUGGUGCAGGCGCAGGACACAGGCCGACCUGCCCUCUCCUCCACCGUCACCGUCUACUUCAACGUGCAGGACCUCAACGACAACGCCCCGAUCUUCGACCCGAUGAGUUACUCAGACGAAGUCUUCGAAAACAUCACCGUCGGCUCCUCUGUCCUGGCCGUCUCCGCCACCGACCAAGAUUCCGGGAUGAACGGGCGGCUGGAGUACACCAUCGCUGGCGGCGACGACAAGGGACAGUUCAGCAUCAGUGAGAACGGCACCGUCUACACCUCGGCCCCGCUCGACCGCGAGGACCAGAGCUUCUACAACCUGGUUGUUCGCGCCUCUGACAUGGCCGCCUCCCCGCGAGCGCGUCUCUCAUCUACCGUCCAGGUAACGAUCAUCUUGAGAGACGUGAACGACAUGGCGCCGGAGUUCGUGACGCCUAACGAGACGGUGGUGGAGGAGAACACUCCGGUCAACACCGUGGUGAUGGCGGUCAAGGCCGUCGACCGCGACGAGGGACGCAACUCCUACAUCGAGUAUUCCCUCGCUCCGGUACCUGGCAACCGGUUUGCCCUCGGCCCAGUUGACGGCCUUCUGAGGAUCGCUGCGCCGCUGGACCGCGAGGAGCGGGCCAAUUACUCGCUGGUGGUGACCGCGAGAGAUCGCGGUAACCCGCCAAACGCCCACACUCUCACUAUCAGCCUCCGCAUCGCUGACGAGAACGACAACUCUCCAAUCUUCGACCCCAAGCAGUACUCGGCCAGCGUGCCGGAAAACGCCUCCAUCGGCCUGUCGGUGCUGCAGGUGUCGGCCACCGACGCCGACGAGAGCCUCAACGGUCGGGUGCGCUACACCAUCGUCGCCGGGGACAAGAACCGCGACUUCUCCAUCAGCGAGGACACGGGCGUGAUCCGCGUGGCCAAGAACCUCAACUACGAGCGUCGGAACCACUACCUGCUGACGGUGCAGGCCGAGGACUCCGGCGCCGACGUCCGCUACGACUCGGCCACCGUCACCAUCUCCAUCAUGGACAUCAACGACAACGCGCCCGUGUUCUUGGACUCGCCGUACCUGGUCUACGUCAUGGAGAACAUGCGCGCGCUCCCGGCGCCCAUCGCAACUGUCACCGCCUUCGACGCCGACAACCCGCCCUACAACCGCGUCAAUUACCUGGUCAAGGAAGGUGACAAGUCUGUCUUCUCCGUCAACGCCACCUCCGGGCAGAUCAACCUCCUGAGGGCCCUCGACCGCGAGGAACGGGACUACUACACACUCACAGUCGUCGCCAUGGAUACCGGCACGCCCAGACUGACGGGCACGGGCACCAUCUCCGUGCUGGUGCAGGACGAGAACGACCACGCGCCGAGGUUCGACAAGGAGCAGUACGAGGCCGUGGUGAGCGAGUCCGUGGCGCCCGACACGCAGGUCAUUGUGGUGGUGGCCACCGACAGCGACGCCGGCACCAACGCUAAGAUCAGGUACUCCCUGGUAGAGGGCGGUGCUGGGGUCUUCAUGGUGGAGGAAUGGACCGGGAUCAUCCGGUCCAUCGCGCGGCUGGACCGGGAGUCUGUGUCCCGGUACACCCUGGUCCUGGAGGCUCGAGACUCCUCCCUCACAGAGCCGCGCUCUGCCACCACCCAGGUGACGGUGACGGUCAGGGACGAGAACGACAACGCUCCCACCUUCUCCCAGAGCCUCUACGUCAUCCACGUGCCGGACCCCGUGGUGCCAGGGAAUUUUGUGUUUGGGGGCGAAGCCCGCGACCCUGACGAAGGCGUCAACGGCCGGGUCACCUACUACCUCUCCGGCAACGAUGCUGACAAGUUCUACAUGAACCAGGAAACGGGAGUCAUCAAGGCUUCGACGCCCCUCGCCGGGGAAGGGGAGUACCAGCUGGAGGUCCUGGCCACAGACUCCGGAGAGACUCCUCUCUCCACCAUCGCCAAGCUCCAAGUCCACCUCCGGCCUAACAACCUCUUCCCUGUCUUUGAGCCUCUCGAGAAAACCUUCAGCUUCAGCGAGGCUGCGAGGGGAGACCUAGUCACUAGCCUCACAGCCACGUCUCCCAAGGCCGGGCCCACAGGAAAUGUACGCUUUAGCAUCGCAGGUGGCAACGUGGGGCAGGCUUUUGUAGUGGACGAAAAGACCGGGGAACUUCGGAUCUCUCAGUAUGGUCUGGACUAUGAGACCGCACCUCGCUACGAGGUGUGGGUCGCGGCGCAGGACUCCGACGACCCUCCGUUAACCUCCGUCAUCCAACUCGUGGUUAAUGUCACGGAUUUCAACGAUAAUGCUCCCGUAUUCUCCCAGGCUAUAUACAACGCCAGCAUACUAGAGGCACAGUAUCCACCUCAGUUAGUGGCAACCGUCAGCGCCACUGACCGAGACUCUGGAACUAAUGCACAGGUUAUAUAUCAGCUCCGGCGAGACUCGCCAGCUGCAGAAGCCUUCACUCUGGAUGCUGAAACUGGGCAGAUCUAUACCAAGAUCCAGCUGGACCGCGAGCAAGUAGAGGUGUACACUCUAACAGUGGAAGCAGUGGAUAAGGGCACACCGGCGCAGACUGGAACAGCGAUGGUCGUAGUUACAGUUCAGGACAAAAAUGAUAAUCCACCACGUUUCACAAGACUGUUUAGUGUGAAUGUCACAGAGAAUGCUGAAGUGGGGACGUUCGUUAUUCAAGUAACAUCUAGCGAUCGAGAUAUCGGGGAAAAUGCUAAUGCCACCUACAGUUUCACUGAAAAUCCUGGCGGCAAAUUCCAUAUUGAUUCUGUGAGUGGGAAUGUGACUGUGGCAAGAGCCAUCGAUCGUGAGUUAAACGACGAAUACCUCCUGAAGGUGUCGGCUGUUGAUGGGUCGUGGCGAGCCGAGACCCCGCUCACAAUCACCGUUCAGGACGAAAACGACAACGCCCCAGAGUUCGAGCAGAGUUACUAUGUCUUUAAUUUUCCAGAGCUACAACGUAGUGUUGCCUUCGUUGGUCAGGUAACAGCCACAGACAGAGACAAACAGGGGCCCAACAGUGUUAUAACAUAUUCACUCAAAUUUCCAUCGGAUUUCUUUAGUGUUGAUCCAGCAAGUGGUGAAAUCUUAUCGAAGCAGGCGCUCCAGUACAAGCACACACUGAAGGGUCCUUCCCCUGAGAACACAUACAACCUGGCAGUGGUAGCCACGGACAAUGGCAAGCCUCCAAUGUCAUCAGAGAGCUCAGUGGUGAUCAACGUUGUCGACGCCAAUAAUAACCCGCCCAGGUUCUCACAAGACCGCUAUUUCACACCAGUCCCAGAGAGCUCUACUAUAGGCCAGUCAAUUAUCCAAUUAAAAGCCAUUGAUGAUCGAGACUUUGGCAUUAAUGCAGAAAUUGAAUAUCAGAAGGUGGGAGGGAAUGGAACAGAGUACUUUGUACUGGAGCAGAAGACUGGCUGGAUCACAGUAGCUCGACAGUUGACGGGACGAAUUGAUACACAGUUUGUAUUGCUAGUCCGGGCCCUGGACCGCGGAGUCCCUCCAUUACAGGACGAAGUGCUGGUGACCCUGGUGGUCACUGGGGAGAACAAACAUGCCCCUGAGUUCACAGCCCUCAGCUACCAGGUCAUAGUGCCUGAGAAUGAGCCCUUGGGGUCGGAUAUUGGAACCCUCAUUGCUAAGGAUAGCGACAAAGGACCGAAUGGAUUUGUUCGAUAUUCAAUCACGAGUGGUAAUGAGGCUGGUAAAUUUGCCAUUAACGAGAGAACUGGAGAUGUGACCAUCAUGCAUCCUCUAGAUUACGAUGCUGUUCAAGAGUAUAGGCUGAACAUCACUGCCCAUGACUUGGCAUUCAUACCCCUUCAAUCCACAGCAAUCCUCACCGUCAUCCUUAUUGACAUCAAUGACAAUCCACCCAGAUUCAGUGAACAGCAGUAUGAUGCUUACAUUGCAGAAAAUGCCAAUGCUGGGACGACAGUGUUUAAAUUAAAUGCAACGGAUAUAGAUUCAGCGCGUAAUGCCGUCAUCCAGUACAGUCUGGUGGGGGGUGAUGGCAAGGAGUUCUUCGCUGUGGAUCCAGACACAGGUGUGGUGACCUCUAAGAGAGUGUUUGAUUAUGAAGAGAAAAGUCGCUAUGUUUUGAACAUUAGAGGUGCCAACAACCCUGACUCUUCACAGUGGGGCUCAACAACUGUUGUGGUUCAUGUAACAGGACGCAACGAGUUCUUCCCUCGCUUCAUCCAGUCAGUUUUUCAGUUUACUGUGUCAGAAUCUGCACAGAUUGGCACUUCUGUGGGUGCCAUCCAAGCCACAGAUGAGGACAAGGGAGAAGAUGGUAUGGUGUACUACCUGCUUGUUGGUGCUAGCAACGAUCGAGGGUUCUUGAUCCAGCCCACAACUGGGGUCAUAACUGUGGCCCGAAGCCUUGACCGGGAAAGUCAGAACAGAGUCGUAUUAACAGUUAUGGCUAAGAAUGUGGGUAGCAUCCGUGGCAACGACACAGAUGAAGCACAGAUAACCAUCUCCAUUCAAGACGGUAACGAUCCUCCGGUGUUCUCUCAACCAUUAUAUGAAACGAGAUUAUCUGAAGGUGCUCUUGUGGGCACCGUAGUCCUGACAGUGGCUGCCGUGGACUCUGAUGUUCAGCCUCAGAACAAUCAGUUCACGUACUCAAUCAUUGGAGGCAACUUGGGUCAGGUGUUCAAGGUAGACCCACAGAGUGGUGUCAUAGAGACCACGGCUCAGUUAGACCGUGAAACAAUUCAGGUAUACAACUUAACAGUCGGUGCAAUUGAUAAUGGUACUCCACCUCAGACUGGCACCACCCUCGUCCGGGUUAUACUGGAUGACGUUAAUGACAAUGGCCCACAGUUUGACCCUCCGGAUAUAGUUGGUUAUGUGGCUGAAAACGAGCCGGCAAUGACAUCUGUGAUGACCCUCAGUGCCACUGACCCCGAUCUGGCACCCAACACACAGCCUUUCAUCUACUACAUCGCUGGAGGCGAGCAUCGUGAGUUCUUCACGGUCGACCAGGCCACAGGAGAGGUCAAGACCACACGCAGUAUUGAUCGGGAGACAACUCCUGAGUUGACCUUCCGCAUCGAGGUAGAAGAUAGCGGCAAGCCAAAGAUGAAAUCAGAAUACCCUGUGUCGAUCAUCGUCUUGGAUAAGAACGACUCUCCUUCAACGCCUAGAACAGUGACGGUGAAGGUGCAAACAUUCCAGGGAGUCUUCCCAGGAGGUAAGGUGGCUGAUGUCCACCCCAAUGAUGCAGAUACAGCUGGUCAAUACUCAUGCCAGAUCCUCACUCAAGAUGCUGCCAUCUUUUCCAUCCCCAAUGCGUGCAAUCUACACGCCGCUAGAGUCCCUCGAGACCGGACCUACACUCUCAGCGUCUCUGGAAACGAUGGCAAACACCCAGACGUUACCUCAAAAGUCACCCUCGAGUUUGAAUCUUUUGAUAAUGCCACCUUGGACAACAGUCUUACUCUGCGACUGCUCAACGUCACAGCAGAGAGGUUUCUUCGCCUGUAUUACAAGCCUUUUAUAGAUACUUUGUUACCUAUUUUUGCAGGUGGCCAAGUACGCAUAUAUUCCAUGCUUGACGUAGACUCUCACACUGAUCUUACUCUAACAGUAGCUGGAUCAGGUAUAAAUUCUUUCCUCCGUCCAGCUGAGGUAACUCGUAAGCUUGCAGCUGAGGAGCCAAGCCUUACCCAAUCUCUUCAGGGCCUGCAGCUCAUUGUAGACUACAAUCCUUGCAGCGAUAUGCCAUGUAAGAAUGGUGGAGAAUGCUCACACGGCAUCCAUGCAUAUGGCGACACUGAAAUUACUGACUCUCCCAGUUUCAUUUUUACCUCACCUCUUAUCCGUCAUGAUGUGUCAUGCAGAUGUCACCAGGGCUUCACGGGGCCAAAGUGUGAGCUGCGUCAGGACCCCUGUUCACCCAACCCAUGCCAGUUUGGUGGCACCUGUGCCAGGAAGGGAUUCCACUUUAUGUGCACUUGCCCUCCCACUCGACAAGGGCCACAAUGUGAAUUCGACAAAACUAAUGCGUGUGAUGACAACCCGUGUCGCAACGGUGGGUCCUGUCAGACUACACUUGAAGGAGGAUUCUUCUGUCUGUGUCGACCUGGCUACCGUGGCAACCAGUGUGAGCUGGCAAGCGAGUCUUGUCGUCCUAAUCCUUGUCUCAAUGGUGGCACCUGCGUCUCCCUCAAACCCGGCUAUCGUUGCUCAUGUAAGAUCAACUUCUAUGGGACUCACUGUGAGAAAUCCACAUUUAGUUUCAGUGAGCUCUCGUACAUGACCUUCCCGACCUUAGAUUCCACCACUAACGAUAUUUCCAUCAUCUUUUCCACCAACAAACCAGACGCACUUCUCGUUUACAAUUACGGCUUGCAGACAGGUGGUCGCUCAGACUUCGUAGCCAUAGAACUAAAAGGCGGGCAGCCACGCUUUAGCUUCGGUGGUGCGCGGACGGCCAUCUCCAGGAUUCAGGUGGGACAUGACGUGGCCGACGGGAAAUGGUAUAAGCUGACAGCAACGCGAAAUGGUCGCGUCAUCUCCCUGAGCGUGGCCACGUGCACCCAUAAUGGCGAGACCUGCGGAGAGUGUCACCCUGGGGACUCCUCCUGUUACAAUGACGACACCGGACCCACCGGGACGCUGAAUUUUAACAACGAGCCGAUGUACCUCGGAGGCGUGAUGACAGUGGACCCCCUGCAGGAGCGACCGGGCCAGGUGCUGGCAGACGACUUCAUCGGGUGCAUCCAGACCGUCUCCAUCAACGGCAGACCGCUCAACCUCUCUGGUCCCAUCCAGGCCCGGGGUAUAUCAGAUACUUGUGAGCGCGUGGCAGAUGUGUGUGUGGGGAGCCCGUGCGGGGAGGGCGCCACCUGCCUCGACCGUUGGUCCACACACAUGUGCCGCUGUGCCAACGGUCUGGUGGCCCCAGACUGUGAGGCUUCUCUGCGCCCUGCAUCAUUCACCCGCGGCUCCUACGUCGAGUUCCUCAUCACGGAGCAGCACCGGCGGCGCCAGCUGCUGCCACGGCUCUAUCAGCAACAUUCCAGGUGGUCGCGGGAGGCCAAUAUCUACCACGGCCGCGCUCGGCUCCCAAGACAGCUUCCCCCACCUCCACCAAAGAGUCUCUCUUUCAGUUUCCGGACCCGCAUGGAGAAUGGCCUCUUGCUACACUCUGCCACCAACAAUGACUACACGCUGGUCGAAAUCCGAAGUGGCUUCCUGCAGUACACUUCCAAACUGGGCGCCAACCAGCCCAUCAACAUGACCAUAUCAGAUAUGUCUGUGAACGAUGGAGAAUGGCAUAACCUGACGCUCCUCGCGGCGCACUCAGCACUCAGACUCAUACUAGACGGGAGCAUCGUUGGGGAUGAGCUCGACCUGCCCUUCAUCCACGACUUCCUGGACGCCUACCUCACUUCCCUCACACUGGGCGCUGCGCCACGCUUCUCUGGUCACUUGUCCUACACACUCACGGGUUUCGUGGGGUGUAUGUCGACGUUCAGUGUGGAUGGUGAGGUUCAACCGCUCAACGCAACCGGUUCGCUGUUGGACGCUGUCGCGCGCGGGGUGUCGCUGGUGUCCGAGUGCACAGCUGCUGACCUGGGCACCGCCACCGCCACUGACCCUCUCUCAAUUGGCAUCACGCUCGUCAUUGUGUUCUUCGUGCUGCUGCUGGUGGCCAUUCUCGUCUCGUUCAUCGUGUACCGGGUCAGGCGCCAGCGACGGGAGAAAGGUGGAGUGCACGUCAAGCAGAAUGGCUCUGCUCUUCUCGCUAACACUUCGUCCGAUUCUGGGAGGUCGCCGCAGGAUUCAGGCUACGUGGAAAUGCACGCAUCUUCACAGUCAACAAAGAAAAAGAAACAUGACAGCAGUCUGGGCCUGACACCUGAAGAGAUUGAGCGCCUCAACACGAGGCCAAGAAACUCAUCUCUGGUAUCAACGCUGGAUGCUGUGUCUUCUUCCAGCGAAGACAAUCAGCGUAAAGACAAACUGCAUAGAAGAAGCAGCCCAACGCCCGUUGCCGAGGGCGACUGUGUUCGGACAGUUGCCGAGGGCGACUGUGUUCGGACAGUUGCCGAGGGCGACUGUGUUCGGACAGUUGCCGAGGGCGACUGUGUUCGGACAGUUGGCGAGGGCGACUGUGUUCGGACAGUUGCCGAGGGCGACUGUGUUCGGACAGUUGCCGAGGGCGACUGUGUUCGGACAGUUGCCGAGGGCGACUGUGUUCGGACAGUUGCCGAGGGCGACUGUGUUCGGACAGUUGCCGAGGGCGACUGUGUUCGGACAGUUGCCGAGGGCGACUGUGUUCGGACAGUUGCCGAGGGCGACUGUGUUCGGACAGUUGCCGAGGGCGACUGUGUUCGGACAGUUGCCGAGGGUGACUGUGUUCGGACAGUUGCCGAGGGCGACUGUGUUCGGACAGUUGGCGAGGGCGACUGUGUUCGGACAGUUGGCGAGGGCGACUGUGUUCGGACAGUUGCCGAGGGCGACUGUGUUCGGACAGUUGCCGAGGGCGACUGUGUUCGGACAGUUGCCGAGGGCGACUGUGUUCGGACAGUUGGCGAGGGCGACUGUGUUCGGACAGUUGGCGAGGGCGACUGUGUUCGGACAGUUGGCGAGGGCGACUGUGUUCGGACAGUUGCCGAGGACGUUGUGUAA